UGCACAAACAGGCCGCUUUCACGGCGACUGAGGAGCAACCCGAGUCCGGGCGAGGCGCAGCGGCUCCGUCUGUCUCGCCUGCCCGGGACUAGCGCCCUUCCCCAAGAGGCGGAAGCGGACGCGGGGUCUUUUCGCGAACCGCCCGUGGGCGGCGCAGCCGCUCGGCGACCUGGAAGCGGCUCCGGCGAGCGAGGCCGUCGACUUCCUGGGUAGGGAAGGCCGCCAUGGCUCUGCCCCGAAGCUUCCAGCGAUUGAGUGCUUGUUGCUAUGGGACUUGCACAGCUUAAUUUAAAGGACUCGGAGGUUCUUAUCCACUCAAAACCUUUGUGGCUCUGAUCCAGGUUGUAGCUGUGAGGAUUUGUUGCUUCUGCUGAAGAUGCCAUCCAGAACGAGUUUGGCUGCUUCGAUCCCAAGCAGCAAAGUGAAGUAUUCUAAGCUCGCUUGCACGGAUGAAGGAUACAUUGAUCUGCAGUUCAAGAAGAGCCCCCCAAAGGUUCCCUACAAGGCGAUCGCGCUGGCCAUGGUGCUGUUCCUGAUCGGGACCCUCCUCAUCAUUAUUGGUGCGCUCCUCCUUGCCGGAUACAUUAGCCAUGGGGGAACCGAUCGUGCAGUCCCUGUCUUGAUCAUCGGAAUCCUGGUUUUCCUUCCAGGCUUUUAUCACUUGCGAAUCGCCUACUUCGCUUCCAAAGGCUACCGGGGCUACUCCUACGACGACAUCCCAGAUUUUGAUGAUUAGAAGGCUAAAGAACCUGGAGGUUUGGGCCACCCAGAUCUCAGUCGGGCUCCAGAGAGAAGAUGCAGAAAUAAGCCCAUUGAGUAAUGCUCUCUUUGGACAGUCGACACAGCAGCUGUUACACCCAUUAAGGAUUUCUUUUUUAGGCAUUUCUUUGAUAGGACUUAGUUUCUGAGAGAAUGAAGGAGGUCUUGUGAGACAAGCUUCUGGUUUGAGAUGGGAAGUUCUUGACAGCUGUGUUCCCACCAAGCAGAAGGAGGAAAAGAAACUCAGGGCUUUAAUAGGCAUUUCUGCUUCACUUCAUUUCUCCCUCUAGAGCAGAACCUCUGCAAAGCUGACAUCUGGAUCCAGGGAUGAAAGGUUGAGCGCUAAUUAAAUUUGUCUAGGCAGGAAGCCAACUGCAAGAACGUUGACCUCUCCUCGUAAAUGGUUGAAUUGCCACAUCCAAUUGGGGGAGCCUUGAAUGCUUCUCUGAGCUCCUUUCAGGGGGAUUACAGGGGUUACAACCUGGCCCGUCCUAGAGAUGGGGCAGAAUAAUUCUAGCGCUUGAAACAUGUUGCAUUCCAAAAACUCCCAAUCCCCCUUGGGGUGCAGCCAACAAAUGAGAGUCAGGAGGGGUUUCAUUUUUCAUCCUUGGCAUCCUUCACACUGGCAUCAUUUUUUGUUAGUCAGGAAAUGUGUGCAGCUAGUCCUCUUGAAGCAAGUAAUGGAGGAUUUUUUCAAUCUCAGCUUAUCUCUUCAGGAUCUUGGUAAAAAAGUGAUAGAGAAGAGCAUUUUGUGAUUAAAUUCUGUUCUCACAUUUCCAAGAUUUUUAACCCAUGUCUAUGGAUCAGGGAUCCCUUCCUAGGAUCCUCAGAUCCCAUUCCAGGACUGAUAGAAUUGCCUCCUCAGAGAGUAAGCUGGAAGGGAGGUGGCAACCCUAACCGCUCAGGGCCAGACAAGAAUCCAUCGGAAAAUAAUGUGGGGCACAUUCCAGAGACAUAAAAAUGCAAUGAUAUAAAAAAUAGGUCAAAUGCAGAGGCAGAAAAUUAAAUACUUGGUUAAAAAGCUCCCCUUUCUCCACAAACGAAUACUAUGUUCCAUGCUUUUUGAAAUAGACAUGUUUUAGUAAGACCAAAAGUCUCUAUGAAUCGGGUGGGCAACUAUGGUCCCUUUAGGACCUAUGACUUGGCUGGCUCAGGAAUUCUGGGAGCUGAAGUCCACAGAUCCUAAAGGGGCCAUUACUGUCCACUGAGCCCUGGCUAGGUGUCCCCAGGAAAAGAUGGAAAGUUUGCCAAGUGCAAACAUGCGUGUGUACUUACCCAACACAUGCACACUCGAGCAUGCAACCUGGAGCCCUCAAAGUGGUAACAAAACCUGUUUGAAGUUGGCACAAGUGUCUACGUCAGCAGCACCAAAGUGAAGCCACACUUAUUUUUGCAUUUGUUGAUGUUGAAGCAACCAUGAUUUCUUGAAGGGUAUUUUUUUGAUAGGCUGCCUGGACAAAUGGCCUUGUGCUGUGCAAAAAUCCUGGACUUCCUUUUGCCACCAAUGAGUUAUCUGCAUUUCUUUUUCUCUCUCUGGAUUCUUUCACAGGAUUUACAGCCUGUGGAAUGCAAGAGAAAGUUUAAAUAUGUGUUGAAAAGCUUAAUCUGCAGAUGCCAGUUGCCUACUUAAUAAAUAACUUGUAAUGUUCA